GAUUUCUGACAUGAAUUUAAAUUCGUUGCGCCUAGUUGUAGUCUAUUGAGUAUUUCUCGCACAGGACAUUUUGAUCAAAACAAACAAGAACGAACGAGUUCUGUGUAUCCCUGUACAGACAAGUUCUGCGAAGCACAAGCUAUUGGACACAUUGUUCCUUUGCUUCAUUUGACUCAGCCUACUUGAAGCAGCAAGACGUGCAGACCAGCGCAGCAAAAGCAAUAUGUUGUCCGCAUGGCAAAGUUGGUUAGAUAAACAGCGCAACAAGUGUAACAAAUUCCGAUGGAACAGUUGUGUACGGCCGGAAAAGGCAGCAUCAACAGAAUUUUCUUUCACCGCGCAUUCAAACUGGACAUUCGAAUCACGCCAUCAAAGCCUACCGAGACGUUUGUUCGGCAAUUUCAGAUCGGAAAGGAACAUAAACGAAGAGUUGGAGCAAUUGUUUUUAAAACAAUUCCUUAAAGGACAUGGACUGUACAACAAGCACCAGACGAUACAGCAACGGAGGCGUUUGAAAUAUCUUCUAGAAUUGGAACAACGUACCAUGCUACUACUUGCAGAGGAACGCACCGAUGUGUCGAUGGUGCAAAACGAUACCGGUGGUAGGACGUGUCUGAUCGAGUUUCAUUCUAUGCCAUUUCCUGAACCCCAUCUGGCAUCUAAACUACUAAGCAGUAGCUCCGUUGCAUCACCAAAACUAAGGCGAGGUUCCUCACUCUCGGCAAUCGCACCGGCUACGGAUGCCAACAGUCAUUACGGAAACAGCAAAUUUGAUGAAGUAGCUAUUUCACUACCAUCCAUUACACACGAAGCAAAGGAUACGACAAAGCCGAAAUGUCUCAAAACUGUUUCAUGGGAAACUUCCGCAUCGAGCGCUACUAAAACGCUUUUAGAAACAGCUGUUUAAAGUGUGACCCGCUUACGAUAAGUUUUUAAGUAAGAAAAAGUUAUACUAACCUAUAGGUUUAAAUCAAAGAUUGCAGGUACAAUUGAAAGGGCAACACUGCAUUUCACGUGGAUAUUUGGUACAUAAAAAAUGUUAAUAUUUUCUGAAUUCUCUUUCUUUGAAAUAACAGGGAAAUGAUGACAUCACUCGUGACUGGAAUCACUCCGAUUCGGAAUAUUUACAUACAAACAAAAGAUCACAAUUCCGCUGCGUAUUAAUCGAAUAAAUAAUAGAAAAGCUGUGUUCAUUACCUUCUUCCACAGCAUUUCUUAUUCAAAAAACUAAGCUUUGCUUGCUCAUUUACGACUAGCUAUUAAUUUUCCAGUGCGUGUGUGUAUACGCCAUUCUUUUUUCGCAUGUACUAAAAUCUUCGCUCCGAAUUGUACUAAAUGAGCUGUCAAAAUUGUAAUUCGUAAUUGUACUAACUGUUCCAAUCGGCUUUCAUUCCUAUACAUCAGCGAAGUACUCGGACGGAGAAAAUAUUAAUAAAAAGCUAGAUUUACCUGCAUGGCUUUUAAUUACGAUGGGUAAAUGUUGCAUAUGUUGCAUUCUGAAGUGUGUUCUUUGUUGUGGAAAAAAAAGUAGCCAUGGAAAAAGGAAACAACAGCAGGAUACUGCACCGCCGGUAGCAAAUCCCACGAACAUAGCUAUUUCUGAUGAAGACCGUAUCCAAACAUAUCAGGUAAGGUUUAUAUGGUUCCCCAGCGUUUAUGUUUGAAUUAUGUACAAUGGGUUGUUUGGUAUUUAUUGUCCUUUAGGAAUUUGUCGACUGCUUGACCCAACAGUCGGAGAAUAGACAAACGAAAGCGGAAAAAGCUAAGAAGAACCGUAGAUGGUUUGCUGGUUGCCUAGAAAGGAUAACGUGUUGCAAAUUGUUCACAAAGCAGCCGCCGCCAGAGCCUGCAUAUUGGAUAGAAACUCCGCCGGGUUAUCUGGAACGUCGGUGUGAUGAUAUUUAGUGGAGUAGAUGGAGAUGCUCUACUUUUGCGUAGUCUAUUUGUUCCACGAGCUAACUGCUACAUCGCUGAACAAACUUCAGAUGUAUCCUUAAAAGUAAGAAUUACUGUAAAUGUUAAAGUAAGAGAAAUGGAAAGUUCUACCUAAUGCAUCAAAUGCUUUCGAAUUGGUAGAAUGGAAGAGCGACAAUGAAAUCAUAGAGAUUUAAACACCCACCAAUAAUGAGAAUUGCUCGCUGGAGAUCACAGAUCGUAGCACAAAAAUCUUAUCAUGUAGGCGAACAUGAUUACGCUAAACAUAGAAUCGUAGUUAUAAACCUAUUUCAAAUACUAUCCUCCAGAAGAGGCAAUAGAUUACAAUACAAUAAGUUCAUAAAAUUCCUUUGAUAGAAGCUGAAUGAAUGGAAGAUCACGAUUAACAGCACGAAUCGAGUCGAAGUACGUAUGUAGAUAAACCCAUAAGUUGCUAUUGAUUUACCUAGUUAAUAAAUAUCGUUUCAUUAUUAAAACUUACAUUUCGUAGAACUAGUACCAGCAUCCAAAAUAAUCCGAUUUGAUUUUACUUAAAUAUUUACAAAAAAAA